UUUUAAUGUAGUAGCAUGCUAUUUUACUUUUAGUUUCAACAAUAAUGUAAAUAAAAAUAAUGUAUGUAUGUUUUAUAAUGAAUUGCUUGGUCUUCUGCAUGCAAGCCCUUCAAAAUAAAGGAAACAGAGGUUACUUCAGAUUAUACUGGUUCAAAAGUGGCUAAAAUGAGUGAUGCAAUAAAAGCAUGAACGUUAUGAUUCCUCCCUGGAGCGGGACAGAGGGGGCUGGAUCUCCUGCUUGCUCCCCCUCUCCUCACUCCCUCCCUCCUGAUGGGGAGAGCGUCGUUCCUCCUCUCAGCUGCUCCGAGCUCAGAUGACCAGCGUUGCAACUGAGCGAUGCACCUCCGACACAGACUUUGCUCUUUUUUUGAGGACAGAUUUUCCAGCAUGGAAAUCUACACAUUUAUCUGACAGAUAUUCUUUCCCUGUAUCUGAGCUCUGCAUCAAAGUCAUUUGAAAGCUAGAACUAUUUUUAGGACAAGAUUUUUUAUAAAAAUCGCUCAACAAAAGCACAACUACUUGCUAUAGUAAUUUGUGUUGCCAAGAGUCACAGAUUUUUUUUUUUUUUACUGAUGGAAUCUUUUUUGGAGCAGAGGAAGAUGACUGGAAGAUGAUUUAAGGCUCGCAGGACCUUUUAUUUGCGCUCAAAGUACCGACAGCAUCCUCAGAUACAUAUAAGACAGGAAGACAUUCUCAAGAUCCAUAGGCUGCGAGGUGGAAAAUAUCCACAGCCAACAUGCUCUCCGUGGACGAGCCUCUGGACUUAAAGCUUCCCUCCAGACGGUUGGGUGAACCAGUCACAUUAGGAAAAAGGGCUCGCCCCUCCUCACUCUGCAGUCCUGUCAGCAACUUCCGAGCAAAGCUAUGCCCUCCUUUUCCCUCCCCUCCCUCCUCUCCAGAUUCCCAGUCACCCUCUCAAGAGCGACCCGGGUCCGGCUUCACUUCAUCGGUGAUGGACCUCAGCCUGUCCCCCUCGUCCCGCCAUGCCAGCUCCCUCUCACCAUCUCCCUCCUCCCCGCUCACCCCGUCUUCACCCUUCGAGCCCCCCACCAACAGCAGCAGCCCUCAGCCACAGCUCUUUCUGAGGGAUGCAGCGUUUCAUCCUGGACUGGAAAGUGGAGCUCCUCAGCACAGUUAUCCAUUCUACCUGCCAGUUGGAAGCCCUCAGAGGGGCUACAGCUUUCCAUCCCCUGUGUUUAUGACUCAGCAGGGGGAAAAGACAGUUCUCCCGGAGCCGUCACAAGAGCUGGCCUGUCGCUGGAAUAAGUGUAACUUGCUUUUCGAGUCGCUGCAGGAUUUGGUGGACCACAUCAAUGACUCGCAUGUCAAGCCUGAAAAGGAUUCUGGGUACUUCUGCCAGUGGGACGGCUGUGCUCGCAAUGGGAGGGGCUUUAAUGCCAGGUACAAAAUGUUGAUUCACAUCCGCACACACACCAACGAGAAGCCGCACCAUUGCCCCACCUGCAACAAGAGCUUCUCACGUCUGGAGAACCUGAAGAUUCACACCCGCUCACACACUGGGGAAAAACCCUACAUCUGCCCGUAUGAAGGCUGCAGCAAACGCUACUCCAACUCCAGCGAUCGCUUCAAGCACACUCGCACACACUACGUGGACAAGCCUUACUGUUGCAAGAUGGUCGGUUGUCUCAAGCGCUACACAGAUCCCAGCUCCCUGCGCAAGCACAUCAAAGCACAUGGGCACUUUGUUGCUCCCCCAUCAGGCACCUCCAGCAGGUUGGGAAUUGGGCUCCACGGUGCCAGUGAAGUUCCAUGUGUUCAGGAAACACAGGUCGUCAUUCCCGGAGCUCUGGCCGCCCUGCUUGGGACAUCGCUGCCUCUCUCUGCUCUUUUCCAUAGCGGCGCUUUAAGCCACCCCAGGAUCCCACACUUUCCUGUUAGAGGUGAAAUAGGCAACGGCAUGACCCAUCUCAGCCUCUCAGACUCCACGCUGUUACACUUUGGACUGUCAUCCAUGUUGGGGUUUGGAGCUUUGGGGGGCUUAGGGCAAAUCAUGGAGAGGAAACCAGAGGACAAGGGGGAAGGAAAUGAAGCGGGGGCUCUGAACCUGUCAGCUAAGGUGGGGAGAAGGAAACUGGAUCAUCUGUCCUGGGUGGGUGCGCCCUCGAGGCCACUCUUACGCAAACCAGCUACUGUAGGCUAGUCUGUUUGUAGUGUAAAGAAUCUAUUAGUCUUAGCGUUUUUUUACUGUUUGCUCUCACAUUUGUGUGUAAAUGUUAUGAAGAAUAUGAGUGUGCUUAUGAAUGAUCAGAGUUUUGUCACCAUCGUGACAGCCGUAAGCCAUAAGGAUUAGUCAUUAUUUCUCAAUCAUUUCUUUCAUGGACAAUCUUUCCACUUAAAUUGUUCAAAAAUGCAUUAUGGCAGCUAUAUGUGAAGCUCAGUUCUUAUCUAAUUCAAGAUCAGAUUUAAGCAAAAACUGACGUUUAUAUUAAUAAUUGUGCAAUCUAAUAGUAAAAACAAAAAAUAGCAACACUUUACACAACAACAAAGGUUGUUUUCACAGACACAAAAAUGAACUUUAUUUAAAAUGAACAAAUGCAGUGACAAGACAUGAUUAAAUGUUUAAUUAAAUUAAAACUAAAGUGUUUAGUGAAGUUAAAUCUGAUCAAGUUUUAAUGCUUCAACGUUUAAUAAAAAUGAUUUAAAAUCUUUAAAUAAAAUGUGAUAUGAAGUUAAAUAACUCAGUCAAAACAUCAUCUGAAAAAAUUAAAGAAAAGCAAACAUUUUAUGAAAAUAUGGGCAACAACUUAGAGAGUGUCAGACUAAAUGACAUCAAUACAACUGUUUUCUGAAUCUUUCUUAUCCUGACAUGUUUGAUCCAGUCCCGGGAUGGGAUUUAUUUUGGGGUAAAAAUCACAAUCUCUGUUUGAUGGGGUUGAAAAAAAAAAAAAUAAGUCACACUCAUUUGGUUUCACAUUAUAAGAGAUUGAAACCAUUUAGAAUGUAAUUCCUUUCACAGGAGCUGCUUGUUAAACACCCACUUUGAUAAAAAUUGUAUUUUAGACAUGUUCUUGUCACAUUUUUCUGAUAUUGGAGGACAUAUAUAAAGAAAAUUAGGCUAAAAUUAAAAUAUUAACUUAUUUUUUAAUUAAAAUUGUUGGAAAAAGAGUUAAUUUGUGAUGUAAACUGGCAACAAACUCCCUUCUCUGCUACGGAAAGGCAAAUUUCAAAUGAUUUACUGCUGCUCUGUAGAUACUGUCCUGGAAAAUGACUGUUUUUUUCUAUUUUGGCAAAAAAAAAAAAAUGGCACAAUCAUAACUAAAAACCACAGGGAACAAUUUGAUAAUUGAUCAAAACAUGAUUGGAGUGGGGCUCUAAGGGAUGAUGCUGAGUAAAACUUGCACUGACCAUAAGAAACUUACCCAUGGUCUCUGAUUAUCACAUCAAUUUUUCAAUUUGUGCUGUUUUUCCACUUUUCAUUACAUUGCGUUGUCCUCACUUAUGGACUUUUGUCAUCUACAUUUCACACUUUACGCUUCCUGGAGUUCAUUAAAAGUAAUCUUCAUUUUCCGGUGAACAAGAGUUUGCUAAAGUGACCUGCACUGGAGUUUAGGGGAACAUCUAAGACUCACAAAAAAACAUUCUAGCAUUGAACACAUUAAGUCAGGACUGACACAUAACAAAAAAUGAAUAAGUUUAAUGCAUUUUUUAAUGUAGAAAAGCCAACAUUGUGAUAAGCUUUUGUUAAAAAAAAUGUCUGUGAUUAAACUGCUGCUGCCUGCUUCUACACACUACUUUGCAACUUCAGUUUUCCAUAGUUUGUAAAUUAAAUAUACUUCAUUUUUCUUGAAAAGCAAGCAAAGAUUUAGGACAAAGGUCAAAUGACUGACACUUGACAAACGCGAACGGUGUGGCUUUCUACACACUUUCUGUUCUACACAGUUUGUGUUCCCGGAUAAAACGCGAUAGUGUGUGAUGUAGGAUUAGAGUCCACCCACAGCCGAUUUUAUUUGAACUUUUGACUCUUUGAAACGUGACGCAGCUGACGCAACUGAAUGUACGAGUUUAUGUCUCCGUUUGCAGAAUACAGUUGCUCGGCUUUUUGCUCUGAUAACCGUUCUUAGACAAUGAUCUGCACAGGAUUGGCCUUUGCUUUCUUUCACAAAUGACACAAAAUAUUCAAGCUUACAUUCAAGUUAACAGUAUCAACAAGGUCGACAAAGAUGUGCUUCAGUUCACAUUUGCUUGACUUGAACAUGCAAUUACACUAAAUUACAGUGGUGAAGGUGUAAAUAGAUGAUCAAUAUUGAUGCACUUUGAAAGAAGAGAUGUUUGACAAUGGCUACACGUGGCCUGAACCUGUGAUUAUCUUAAUCCUGUUUGCACAUCCGUUAUUUUUAAUCAGUAUUGCUAAUGUGUGGAAGUGCCUUUUGUUCAAAUAUAUAUUAACAAUGUAUGUAAACUGCUAAGUUCAUGAAUACACUUUAUAAACUUUU